GCAGCCGCCGCUGCCGCCUCUGCCGCUUCAGCACCAGCGCCCGGACAGCGGCGCCGCCCACGGGCAUGGACGCUGCCAGCGGCAGCCCCGGCGGCGGCGGUCCGGCUCCCGGCCGGGGUCCGGAAGGGGAGCAGCGGCCCGAGGGGGAGCCCGCGGCCCCAGACGGCAGCAACCCGGACAGGUCUCAAAAAAAGGCCGUGGUACCUGAGGCCAGCCCAGAGAAAAGCUGCUCCCUCCACAGCUGCCCCCUUGAGGACCCAUCCAGUUCUUCAGGACCCCCACCAGCAACUUCCACCCUCCAGCCUGUGGGCCCUUCCAGCCCCUUGGCCCCUACCAACUUCACCUAUCCCCGGGCACCACAAGAAUACCGGGGAGGCAGUUCCCUCCCAGGACUUGGGGACCGGGCAGCUCUGUGCUCCCAUGGCUCCAGCCUCAGUCCUUCCCCAGCCCCCUCACAGCGUGAUGGGGCCUGGAAGCCACCAUCUGUGCAGCACCAUGUGGUCAGCGUCAGACAGGAACGGGCCUUUCGGAUGCCAAAAAGCUAUUCCCAGCUGAUUGCCGAGUGGCCAGUGGCCACGCUGCUCCUGUGUCUGGCUGUCAUCCUCCUCUGCACCCUGGCUGGACUCUUGGGGAGCCAGCUGCCCGACUUCUCCAAGCCCUUGCUGGGCUUUGAGCCACGGGACACGGACAUUGGACGCAAGUUAGUGGUCUGGAGAGCACUGCAGGCCCUCACUGGCCCCAGAAAGCUGCUGUCCCUUUCCCCAGAUCUCGAGUUGAACAGCUCAAACCCCCACACCACUGUGAACCCCGUACCCUGGAGCAGUGCCCAGGAGGGUGUGAUCCGGCCUCGGAGAAUGGUGGAGCCCCUGGAAGACAGAGGGCAGGAGAACUUCUUCUGUGGCCCUCCUGAGAAGAGCUAUGCACAGCUGGUGUUCAUGUCCACCUCAGCCGGCAGCCUGUGGAACCUGCACGCCAUCCACUCCAUGUGCCGCAUGGAACAGGACCAGAUCCGCUCCCAUGCCCACUUUGGGGUGCUGUGCCAACGUACAGCAGCCAACGAGUGCUGCCCCAGCUGGUCCCUGGGCAACUAUGUGGCCGUGCUCUCCAACCGCUCCUCCUGCCUGGAGACCACCCAAGCAGAUGCAGCCCGCACACUCGCCCUGCUUCGGGCCUGUGCCCUCUACUACCACCGUGGUGCCCUGGUGCCCUCUUGUCUAGGACCUGGGCAAGACAAGCCUCCAAGCUGUGCCCAGGUCCCCAUCAAGUGCUCUCGGAGUAGCGCCGUCUACCAGCUCCUUCACUUUCUGCUUGACCGGGACUUUCUGAGUCCCCAGACUGCUGACUACCAGGUACCCUCCCUCAAGUACAGCCUGCUCUUCCUGCCCACCCCAAAGGGUGCCUCCAUGAUGGGCAUCUACCUGGACCGCUUGGCGGCCCCUUGGGGGCUGUCUGACAACUACACAUCCAUCACGGGCAUGGACCUGGGCCUCAAGCAGGAGCUGCUGAAGCACUACCUAGCCCAGGACACGGUCUACCCCUUGCUGGCCCUGGCUGCCAUCUUCCUCAGCAUUGCCCUCUACUUGCGGUCACUCUUCCUCACGCUCAUGGUGCUGCUGGGGGUGCUGGGCUCCCUGCUGGUUGCCUUCUUUCUUUACCACGUGGCUUUCCGCAUGGCCUACUUCCCCUUUGUCAAUCUGGCAGCCCUUGUCCUGCUCAGCAGCGUCUGCGCCAACCACACGCUCAUCUUUUUCGAUCUGUGGCGCCUCAGCAAGAGCCAGCUGCCCUCCGGGGGCCUGGAGCAGCGCGUGGGCCGCACCAUGCACCAUUUUGGCUACCUGCUGCUGGUGUCCGGCCUCACCACGGGGGCGGCUUUCUACGCCAGCUACCUGAGCCGCCUGCCAGCCGUGCGCUGCUUCGCCCUCUACAUGGGCACGUCUGUGCUGGCGCACUUGGCGCUCACGCUGGCCUGGCUGCCCUCCUCCGCCGUGCUCCACGAGCGCUACCUGGCGCGAGGCUGCGCGCCCGGGGUGCAGGGCGCUUGGGGGGGCAGCGCGCCCCGGCGGCUGGCGCUGGCGCUGCACCGGCGGCUCCGCAGCCUCCGCAGGGCGGCUGCCAGCACCUCCCGCCUGCUCUUCCAGCGCCUGCUGCCCUGCGGCGUCAUCAAGUUCCGCUACAUCUGGAUCUGCUGGUUCGCGGCACUGGCUGCAGGGGGCGCCUACAUCGCGGGCGUCAGCCCCCGCCUCCGGCUGCCCACGCUGCCCCCGCGCAGCGGCCAGGUCUUCAGGCCCAGCCACCCCUUCGAGCGCUUCGAUGCAGAGUACCGCCAGCAGUUCCUGUUCGAGCGUCUGCCUCAGGGCGAGGGCAGCCAUAUGCCUGUGGUUUUGGUGUGGGGCAUCCUGCCCGUGGACACUGGUGACCCCCUGGAUCCUCGCAGCAACACCUCCCUAGUGAGUGACCCUGCCUUCUCAGCCAGCAGUCCCGAGGCGCAGCGCUGGCUGUUGGCCCUCUGCCACGGAGCCCGUAAUCAGAGCUUCUUUGGCGUCCAGCCGGAGGGUUGGCCCACACUAUGCUUCGUGGAGGCCCUCCAGCUCUGGAUGGAGAGCCCAGGUUGUGCCCGCCUAGGGCCAGGCCUCUGCUGUAGGCACUCGGACUUCCCCUGGGCACCCCAGCUCUUCCUGCAUUGCCUCAAGAUGAUGGCACUGGAACAAGGCCCAGAUAGCACCCGUGACGUGGGACCCCGCUUCAAUACCCAGGGCAACCUGGCUGCCCUGGUCCUACAAUUCCAGACCAGCUUCCUGUACAGUCCUGACUACAGCCAGGCCCACCACUUCUACACUGAGAUCAGCCACUGGCUGGCGGCAGAGCUGGGGCGGGCCCCUCUGGGCCUCCGCAGAGGUUGGUUCACCAGCAAACUGGAGCUUUACAGCCUGCAGCACAGCCUGAGCACAGAACCUGCUGUGGUGCUGGGCCUGGCUCUGGCGUUGGCCUUUGCCACACUCUUACUGGGCACUUGGAACGUCCCACUGAGCCUGUUCUCCGUGGCAGCUGUGGCAGGCACCGUGCUGCUCACAGUGGGGCUCCUGGUGCUCCUGGAAUGGCAGCUCAACACUGCCGAGGCCCUCUUUCUCUCUGCCUCGGUGGGACUCUCCGUGGACUUCACUGUCAACUACUGCAUCUCCUAUCACCUGUGCCCACACCCCGACCGCCUGAGUCGUGUGGCCUUCUCGCUGCGCCAAACCAGUUGCGCUACGGCGGUGGCGGCUGCAGCGCUAUUUGCGGCUGGCGUGCUCAUGCUGCCUGCCACCGUGCUGCUGUAUCGCAAGCUGGGCAUCGUCCUCAUGAUGGUCAAGUGUGUCAGCUGCGGCUUCGCCAGCUUCUUCUUCCAGUCUCUAUGCUGCUUCUUUGGGCCAGAGAAGAACUGUGGGCAAAUCCUCUGGCCUUGUGCCCACCUACCGUGGGAUGCUGGAAACAGGGAGCCCAGUGGGGAGAAGGUAGGCCGCCCACGACCAGGGCCGGGGGGAGGGGUGCCUGGGUCCUGCUCAGAGCAAUAUGAGCUACAGCCCCUGGCACGGCGCCGGAGCCCCAGCUUUGACACCAGCACAGCCACCAGCAAGCUGUCCCACCGGCCCUCUGUGCUCUCUGAGGAUCUGCAGCUCCAUGACGGCCCCUACUGCUCCCGGCCUCCACUGGCCCCUGCCUCCCCAAGAGAGCUGUUCCUGGACCACCAGGCAGUCUUCAGCCAGUGCCCAGCCCUGCAGACCUCCUCGCCCUAUAAGCAGGCUGGCCCCAGCCCCAAAACCCGGGCCAGGCAGGACUCCCAAGGGCAGAAGGCUGAGCCCAUACAGGCCUCACCUGAAGCCCCAGCCAACUCCCCCAAGCCCAAGGCUUCAGUGCCUCCUGAAUGCCUCUGCUCCUCUGCCAGCACCCUGGAAGGGCUCAGCGUCUCCGAUGAAACCUGCCUGAGCACUUCUGAGCCCAGUGCCCGUGUGCCGGAUUCCAUGGGUGCCUCCCCAGAGGACCUGGACGAAACUGAGCAAACUGUACCUGAGCGCGGCCUGCUGAAUGGGAAGCGGGACACCCUGUGGCUGGCGCUGAAGGAGACCGUGUAUGAUCCAUCACUGCCUGCCUCCCACCAGAGCAGCUCAUCCUGGAAGGGCCGUGGGGGGCCGGCAGAUGGCAGCCCCGUGGUGCUGCCCAACAGUCAACCAGAUCUACCAGAUGUUUGGCUGCGCAGGCCCAGCACCCACACUUCAGGCUACAGUAGCUGAGGAAGGCCAGGGAGGCCAGACCUCGGCGCAGAAGCCCGUCAUGGGUGACAUGGCAGGUGCAGUGCCAGGCUGGCUCCUGUUUCCCCAUAACAGCAUGGCAGGGUCUCACUCUUCAGCUGUGGAUUUUAAACCCUGCCAGAUGUUCUAGCCUCAAUGCAGGCUGCUACUUACUGUCUAUAUCUGGAGGAUUUAGUGAGGAAGGUAACUCUCCAUGUGACCUGCUGAGGGCUCCUCAACCCCUACAGUGCCAACCAGAACCCACUUCUGGAAGGGGAGAGCCCACAUGUGUAGCUCCAGGCAUCAGAAGAGGCUGACCUGGCCCCCACCCCAAGUGACAAGAAGCUCAGUCGAACUGAGGGCCCCAGUCCUUGGGACCCUGCCAGGAUACCUCACAAACCACCAGAGCCCCCCAGGAAUCUCAGCAGCCUCCUGGGCCUCACACCCUUCAGGGGCUCUUAUCAGAACAUUUCUCUUUAGGGAAUGUCUGUGGGUCAGAAUUGGGCCUGUUCCCCCGUCCUGAGCUGCCCUGCCCCCCUCACACUCUUCAGUCUGACCAGGAACUCAAGGGCAGGCAGAAUGGUUGCUGGGAGUGAAGCAGAAGAAGGGAUGGUCAGCCUCGGAGCAUCCCCAAAUUGCAGGAUAGGGCCUUGUAGGAAGCAGGCUCUGGUGCUCUCCUCAUUCACAAACAAUAAGAACCUUUUACCUCCCUGCAUCUUUUAGUUUACAGGACCCUUCCAUACACAUUAUCUCCUUCGAAUCUCACUACUUCCUUGUGGGAUAGCCUGUAGCUGGCCAG